GAGCGGGACCUUUUCGGUUUGAAGUUGUUACUACGCUUUUCUCAGUAACCAGUCACCAAACUUAAACUUAGUCACCAAACUUAGAAAGCAGAGAGAAAAAAAAAAAAAAAAAAAAAAGGACUUGAAAUCUGAGAAUUUUGUUUGGUAUCAAAGUUUUCAGCGAGUUAGAAUCUCCGGCGUACGGUACGAGUAGAGUGUGGGGACACGCAUCGGAAUCUCUAUCUCUCUCACCCAAUCAUUAUCUUCUUCUCUGCCGGCCAUUCUCAGAUCUGUUAGGUAUUAUCUCCCAAUUUCAAUCUAGGGUUUUUGGUCUUUCUUUCUCUGGUUCUUCCUCAUUAUCAUUCAUCAAAUUCCAGCCCCCAAUCUAGCUUUACAUUUCCAUGAGUAUUUAUUAGCAAUUUUGAAAUUCAAAUCCCAACGACGGUCUACUACUUCCAUUUCCCCGAUUUAUUAGUGCCCUAAAUUUCUGCACACAAUGUAGAGCUCGUCGAGCUCACUUUUUUGCCUGUUUUCUACCCCCAAGAAAAAAGAGGUCUGCAAUUUUCAGGUUUUUGAAUUUUCUCCCAUAUGGAAAUUUAGUUUCCCAGAAAAUUUUCUAUAAUUAGAAAAAUCUAGGUUUUUUUGGUUUUAUUUAAGAAAAAUGCAGAGCUUGUCGAGCUCAAUGGCUCAACCGGAAGCCAUAUUGGAGUGGCUUCAGAAGGAAAUGGGUUACAGACCAUUGGGUCCGUACAGUGUAACAGCCUCUGGGAAAUCCCAGCUGCCUUCCAUAGAAUCGCUUCGCAAGAUUUGCCGUGGUAAUAUGAUACCCAUUUGGAAUUUCUUGAUAACCCGUGUGAAGUCGGAGAAGACGGUGGAGAAUAUACGAAGAAACAUAACGGUUCAUGGUGGUGGUGACAUUGGAGGUUCGGGGAACAAUGCAGCAGUAGCAGCAGCAGGGAAAGAGGAAGGUGGUGGUAGGAGUAGAGGAGGAAGAAGAAAGGAGAAGGCUGGGGGUGAUAGUUCGAGCGCUGCGGAAACUAGGGAGGCUGCAUUGCAAGAGAGGGAAUCGGCGGCGAAAGAGGUGGAGAGGUUGAGGAAUAUUGUAAGGAGACAAAGGAAAGAUUUGAAGGCCAGGAUGUUGGAGGUUUCAAGAGAAGAGGCUGAGAGGAAGAGAAUGCUCGAUGAACGUGCCAACUACAGGCACAAGCAGGUGAUGCUGGAGGCUUAUGAUCAGCAGUGUGAUGAAGCGGCAAAAAUAUUCGCUGAGUACCAUAAACGUCUAAAUUUUUAUGUCAAUCAAGCAAGGGAUGCUCAAAGGUCAAGUACUGACUCUACUGUUGAAGUGGUUACCAAUUUUAGUUCAAACAGUGAAAAGGAAGCUGUCUAUUCAACUUUGAAGGGAAGUAAAUCAGCAGAUGAUGUCAUCCUUAUUGAAACCACACGGGAAAGGAACAUUAGGAAGGCGUGUGAAUCUCUUGCGGCGUAUAUGAUUGAAAAAAUUCGCAGUUCUUUUCCUGCUUAUGAAGGAGGUGGUAUUCAUUCAAAUCCUCAAUUAGAAGCAGCAGCCAAAUUAGGUUUUGAUUUUGACGGGGAAUUACCUGACGAAGUUAGAACAAUCAUUAUAAAUUGCCUGAAGAGCCCUCCUCAAUUACUUCAGGCAAUUACUGCAUACACGUCAAGAUUGAAGUCGCUAGUUUCCAGAGAAAUAGAGAAAAUUGAUGUCAGAGCUGAUGCAGAAACCUUAAGGUACAAGUAUGAGAACAAUCGAGUUAUUGAUGUUUCUUCCCCUGAUGUGAGCUCACCGUUACAUUAUCAACUUUACAGUAAUGGAAAGAUAGCAGGUGAUGUUCCUUCUAAAGGAACUCAAAACCAACUUCUUGAAAGACAGAAAGCACAUGUUCAGCAAUUUUUGGCUUCUGAAGAUGCUCACAACAAAGCUGCAGAAGCUAGGAACUUAUGUCAAAAACUUAUUAAACGUUUGCAUGGCAAUGGUGAUGUAGUUUCUUCACACUCAAUUGGAGUUGGUGGCUCAUCACAAAAUGUCAGCGGUCUUAGGCAAUUUGAGUUGGAAGUUUGGGCCAAGGAAAGAGAAGUUGCUGGCUUGAGGGCUAGUUUGAACACAUUGAUGUCUGAGAUACAACGCUUGAAUAAAUUGUGUGCAGAAAGAAAAGAGGCUGAAGACUCUCUGAGAAAGAAGUGGAAGAAGAUUGAAGAGUUUGAUUCUCGCCGAUCAGAACUUGAAAUCAUAUAUAGUGCUCUUCUAAAAGCUAAUAUGGAUGCUGCUGCAUUCUGGAAUCAGCAGCCAUUGGCUGCUAGGGAGUAUGCAUCGACCACUAUAAUUCCAGCAUGCACGGUUGUUGUGGAUAUAUCAAAUGGUGCAAAAGAUCUUAUUGAGAAAGAGGUUUCUGCUUUUUAUCGAAGUCCAGACAAUAGCCUCUACAUGCUUCCUGCAACCCCACAGGCACUGUUGGAGUCCAUGGGUGCAAAUGCAUCUACAGGGCCUGAAGCCGUUGCUACUGCAGAAAAAAAUGCAGCUAUAUUGACUGCAAAAGCAGGUGCAAGGGACCCAUCAGCAAUACCAUCCAUCUGCCGUAUCUCUGCUGCGCUUCAAUACCCUGCUGGUUUAGAGGGUUCAGAUGCCGGUUUGGCAUCAGUCUUGGAGUCCCUGGAAUUCUGUUUGAAACUUCGUGGUUCUGAGGCAAAUGUGUUGGAGGACUUGGCAAAGGCUAUCAAUUUGGUUCAUAUACGCCAUGAUCUUUACGAAAGUGGUCAUGCACUAUUGAACCAUGCAUAUCGUGCUCAACAAGAAUAUGAAAGGACAACAAGUUAUUGUUUAAACUUGGCUGCUGAACAGGAAAAAACUGUUGUAGAGAAAUGGCUGCCUGAACUUAAGACUGCUGUUUUGAGUGCUCAAAAGUGCUUGGAAGAUUGCAAAUAUGUUAGAGCAUUGCUGGAUGAGUGGUGGGAGCAACCAGCAUCAACUGUUGUUGACUGGGUUACAGUUGAUGGGUUAAAUGUUUCUGCUUGGCAUAAUCAUGUGAAGCAGCUCCUUGCAUUUUAUGAUAAGGAGCUGUUGUGAAUAUUCUUUCAGCAGUCAGGUGCAGGAAGUUGUAUUUGGUGAUCUACCUCGUUUGCCUAUAUAUACUUUACCACUUUGAUGUCAAUAUAAUGGCCAUGGAGAACUGCAGCCCUGUAAGGGGCAGCAUGCAUGCAUGGUCAGGGUGCGGCUAGGGAUGCAAGUGGAGGCUCACAUCGAGGAUAUCUUUUCAGUAUGGUUUUUUUGGGUAAAGAGAAGGAUUGUGUUUUCUAUAUGCAAAGUUCGACUCCCUGUCGGACCCAUAUCUUCUCCAUAUCCCGUUUAGAUUUUGUAUAGAAUGUUUUUGAAAGGAUGCUUUGUAUCAUAGGCUAUUUGUAGGUCUUGGUUUGGGUUGGGGAUUAUUGUUUUAGGGUUGAUUGUUGGUGCUUGAGGGUAGUGUGACUGAACUUUAGUUGCAUUUGUAGUUCAAUUGUAUGAAGGUACUAUGGCAAAAGAUUUUGUGAAAAUGGUGUUUAAUCAGUAUUUGAAUAACAAACAUAAGUUCCUUA